GAUAUACUGCAUAAUCAACACUCCGGUAGUUAUACUAACGGUUACAUCACAUCAGUGAACAGUAACGGUAAUACGGGUCAAGAGACGGGUCAGGACUCGAGUUCGGCCAAUGGUUCGGGAGGUUAUAGGGGAGAGUCCGUACAUAAGCGAAACAAAGACAAAGUCGUCACUACUUGUGAUUUGCUGUGUUUUGCAUUUCAAUGCGCCCGAGGAAUGCAAUACUUGGCCCACAGGAAGCUCAUUCAUAGAGAUCUUGCCGCCAGAAAUGUAUUACUCGCUGAGGAUAAUAUUGUUAAGAUAUGUGACUUUGGUUUAGCCAAAGAUGUCUAUAAAUACGAUAAUUAUGUGAAGAAGAAUGACGGACCGCUUCCUAUUAAAUGGAUGGCUAUUGAGUCGAUCAGAGAUAAAGUGUUUACUUCAAAGAGCGAUGUCUGGUCGUUUGGUAUUCUGUUAUACGAGUUCUUCACAUUAGGAGGCAAUCCCUAUCCAGGCAUUGAAAUCGAUGAAGAAUUUUAUAAGCGAUUGAAAACUGGAUACCGUAUGGAAAAGCCUGACUUUGCUCCAAACGAUAUUUAUGAAUUAAUGAGUCUUUGCUGGAGAGCUGAGCCUAAAGACAGGCCAGACUUUAUGGAAAUCGCGGAUAUUAUUGGAGCUCUUUUAGAGUCUAAUCAUUACUUAGAUCUGAAUGACCCGUAUCAAACAAUGAACGAACAGAUACUCAAUAAUAAUGAUUACCUCCGGAUGUCAUCAAUGAAUUCUUCGUCACGUAAUGAGAUUAACGGCGAUUACCUUAAUAUGAAGGCUAAUGAGACAAAUGACGAGCGCAUAUCGGAUCCAAUGAAUCAUUACGACAAUUUGGGACACAUUCGGCCCAUUGACGCAAAUAUCCCGGUCCCUUUAGAGCCCAUGGAAGUGGUGCCUAUGAUUCAGUUGGACUCUUAUGGCCAGAAAUACGACAACAAAAUGAGGGGUGGGCUUAGUUUAGCGGUCGACGACACUAAACUACAGGUUGAGCUAAAAAGGAGUUCCGUUUGGUUCGAUACGACCGCA